AUGGAGCGGCUGUGCGGGCAGGAGCUUCCCUUCUGGGAGGCCAAUCUCACGCUCCACACAGAACGUCCGGACCUUCCCCUGUGUUUUCAGCUCACCCUCCUGUCAUGGCUUCCUUGUGUGUACCUGUGGGCCGCCUCCCCCUUCUACCUGUUCUAUCUCAAGAGGAAUCACAGAGGCUACAUUAUGAUGUCCAUCAAGAACCGCUUCAAAACGGUUUUCGGCUUGUUACUUUGGGUCGUGUGCUGGGCGGAUCUCUUCUACACAUUCCAUCUACGCCAAGAAAGCAGCCCAGCUCCAGUUUUUUACGUGACUCCUCUUGUACUCGGGAUGACCAUGUUGCUGGCCACCCUUCUCAUCCAGUUGGAGAGGUUACGUGGCGUCCAGUCCUCAGGGGUCCUCUUCAUCUUCUGGUUCUUGUCUGUGUUGUGUGCCAUUGUGCCUUUUCGCUCCAAGAUCUUACAAUUGUAUAGCCAGAGUGAGGAGAAAGCAGACACAUUCAGCCUGAUCACGUUUUACGUCUACUUUGCCCUGAUCCUGUGCGAGUUGAUCCUCUGCUGCUUCAAUGAGAGACCUCCGCUGUUCUCCAAUGUGGUCACUGACCCGAACCCCUGCCCCGAGAACACUGCCGGCUUUCUGUCCUCCAUGACCUUUUGGUGGUUUACCAGUAUGGCAAUUAAGGGCUACAAAAAUCCCCUGGAAGCCAAGGAUCUGUGGUCCCUAAACCAGCGGGACAGCUCCAAAAACAUGGUUCCCAAACUGUUGAAAGAGUGGGACAAGGAGCUGGCCAUAGCCAAAAGCAGCGUCCCAAGUCUUUCUAGUCAAGCCCUUUACUCAAAGCCACCGCCGUCUACAACUAACCAUGUGGGAGGAGCAGCGGAGAGCAGCCCGGAAAAAGCAGAAGUCCUUUUGUCUGGGAAGAAAUCCUCCUCCCGACAGCCAUCUUUCCUCCGAGCUCUGGUCAAAACCUUCGGCCCCUAUUUUCUCAUUGGUUCGUCCUUCAAGCUCCUGCAGGAUGUCGUCACCUUUGUCAAUCCACAGCUCCUGAGAAUGUUGAUCUCGUUCACCAAACAGAAGGGCGUCCCGGACUGGUGGGGCUACGCUCUGGCCUUCCUCAUGUUUUUCACGGCGCUGCUCCAGACGCUCAUCCUACACCAGCACUUCCAGUACUGCUUUGUGACGGGCAUGAACGUGCGCACUGCCAUCAUCGGCGCCAUCUACAGGAAGUCCUUGGCCAUAACCAACGCCGCCAAGCGCUCGUCCACCGUGGGAGAAGUGGUGAACCUGAUGUCUGUGGACGCCCAGCGGUUCAUGGACCUCACCACGUUCCUCAACAUGCUGUGGUCGGCACCGCUGCAGAUCAUGCUGGCGCUGUACUUCCUCUGGCAGAACCUGGGUCCGUCUGUGCUCGCUGGUGUGGCUGUUAUGAUCCUCCUGAUCCCACUGAACGCUUUUAUCGCCAUGAAAACCAGAGCGUACCAGGUGGAGCAGAUGCGUCACAAAGACGAGCGCAUCAAGCUGAUGAAUGAGAUCCUGAAUGGGAUUAAGGUUUUGAAGCUGUACGCCUGGGAGAAGUCCUUCAUUGAAAAAGUCUUGGCGAUCCGUCAGAAGGAGCUGAACGUGCUGCGCAGGACGGCCUAUCUGGGGGCUUUGUCCACUAUGGCCUGGACCAGUGCUCCUUUCCUGGUGGCUUUGACCACGUUUGCCGUUUACGUGACGGUGGAUGAGAACAACGUGCUGGAUGCAGAGAAGGCUUUUGUGUCUCUGUCGCUCUUCAACAUCCUCAGGUUUCCUCUCAACAUGCUCCCACAGGUCAUCAGCAGCAUGGUGCAGGCCAGCGUCUCCCUGAAUAGGAUCCAAAACUUUCUCAGUCACGAUGAGCUGGACCCAGAAUCAGUGGACAAAAAAGGCACCAGUCCAGAGUUUGCUGCUACAAUCCUGAACGGAAAAUUUACAUGGGACAAGCAGGACCCUCCAGUGCUGCACAACAUUAACAUGAUGGUGCCACAGGGGUCGCUGCUGGCCGUGGUGGGACAUGUGGGCUGUGGGAAGUCCUCGCUCAUCUCCGCUCUGCUGGGGGAGAUGGAGAAGCUGGAGGGAGAUGUCUCUGUCCGGGGCUCCGUGGCUUAUGUCCCGCAGCAGGCCUGGAUACAGAACGCCACGCUCAGGGACAACAUCCUGUUCGGAAAGGCCUUUCAGGAGCCCAAGUACCGCUGUGUGCUGGAGGCCUGCGCGCUCACCCCAGACCUGGAAGUGCUGCCGGGAGGAGACAUGACCGAGAUAGGAGAGAAGGGCAUCAAUCUGUCCGGAGGCCAGAGGCAGAGGGUGAGCCUGGCGCGGGCCUUGUACAGUGACGCAGAUGUCUACCUCCUGGACGAUCCUCUGUCUGCUGUGGACGCACAUGUGGCCAAACACAUAUUUGACCACCUCAUCGGACCAGAGGGAGCGCUCAAGGGCAAGACGCGCGUGCUGGUGACCCACGGCAUCAGCUUCCUGCCGCAGGUGGACAACAUCAUGGUUCUGGUGGACGGCCGGGUGUCGGAGAUGGGCUCGUACCAGGAGCUGCUCACACAGGACGGAGCCUUCGCCGAGUUCCUGCGUAACUAUUCCCUGGACGACCUGAUAGAGGAGGACGAGGCCAACGAGGACCUACUUGAAGAGGAGGAACGGUUCCCUGAAGACGCGCUGAGCAACCACACAGACAUCGUGGACAGUGAGCCGACCAUCAAUGAAGCCAAGAGGACCUUUUUACGGCAGAUCAGCGUCCUCUCUGCGGACGGGGAGGGAGCGCGGUGUCGCUCGGUGAAGAGGCACGGCUGCAGCCAGAAGAAGCACGGCGAGCCUCAGGAGAAGAAGAAAGCACAGGAGAUGGACAAACUCAUCCAGGCAGAGGCCGCCGAGACGGGCAAGGUGAAGGUGACGGUGUAUCUGGAGUAUGCCCGGGCGGUGGGCCUGGUGCUCUCCGUGGUCAUCUGUCUACUGUACGGCUGCCAGAGCGCCGCCGCCAUUGGAGCAAACAUCUGGCUCAGCGUCUGGACAAACGACGCGGCCACCAACCACACGCAGGAACGGGUGCACAUGAGGGUGGGGGUGUACGCCGCGCUGGGCAUUGCACAAGGUCUUCUGGUCAUGAUUUCCUCCCUGACCCUGUACAUGGGCAACAUCGGAGCGGCCCGGAAGCUUCACCUGAACCUGGUCACCAACAAACUGCACACGCCCCAGUCUUUCUAUGACACCACGCCUAUAGGCCGCAUCAUCAACCGCUUCUCCAAGGACGUGUACGUGAUCGACGAGGCCCUGCCCGCCACCGUGCUCAUGUUCCUGGGGACCUUUUUUGUCUCUCUCUCCACCAUGAUAGUUAUCAUUUCCAGCACGCCCAUCUUCGCCGUGGUGGUCGUGCCCUUGGCUUUCAUAUACGUCUUUGUGCAGGUGCGUUCUUGUUGGUAA